UGGGAAGGCAUCUGCCCUGAGCUAAGAGAACUGGCCCGCUGCUGAAGCAGGACCAUGCAUUUGAUUGACAGUUCGCUUAUUUGGGAGGCGUGGUCACGAUCGGAAACUCCGCCGUGACGUCACAAAGUUGGAAUCUCCGCGAGAAGUCCUGUCUUACUUUCACUUCCCACCCUUCGGGGUGUGCUCUCGAAACCCCGCCUCUCCCCGUGACGUCACACGUCGGGGCGCGGUAGACUAUAAAAUCUUCGCGGACGCUUUUCGCGUUCAUUGUGUUGGUUCCUACCCUAGUUGUUGUUCACGUGCGAGAAGUCGCACGACCCUGCGCCCGCUUGUCGCCCCCGCGCUUGAGGCAGCCAUAGAUAUUCUGUGUUCCUGGACCCCAACCUCUGAGGGUGAGAUGAACGCGCUGGCCUUCCUAGCCGUCCGGACCUGGGAUCGCUUCUGGCAGCCCGAGCCGGCCCUCCUACCCCCGGGGUGACGCGCAGUCCCCAGCCGCCCAGACACAUGGCCCCAGGCCAAGCACCCCAUCAGGCUGCCGGCUGGAGGGAUGCCCAUCCUUUCUUCCUCCUGUCCCCACUGAUGGGCUUCCUCAGCUGGGCCUGGAGCCGCCUGAGGGGCCCGGGACCUCCAGAGCCCUGGCUGGUAGAAGCAGUCAAGGGAGCAGAAGCUGGCCUGGAGGGAGAAGCUGAGACUCCUCUGACAACCCCCGCUACCCUUUGGGACAGAUACUCUGAAGAGGAGGCUGAAGACAGUGGAGGCCCUGAAGGGGACAGAGAAGCGAUGGGCCUGAAAACCAGCACUUCCCUUCCUGAAGCCUGGGGACUUUCAGAUGAUGACGAUGACAAGUAUAGUGAGCGAGAAGCAACCAGUGUCCCUAGAGGGCAGGGAAGUCAAUUAGCAGAUGGCCAGCGUGCUCCCCUGUCUCCCAGCCUCCUGAUAAGGACCCUGCAAGGUUCCGAUAAGAACCCAGGGGAGGAGAAAGCCGAGGAAGAGGGAGUUGCUGAAGAUGAGGGAGUCAACAGUUUCUCUUAUCCUCCGUCACACCGGGAGUGUUCAGCAGUAGAGGAGGAGGACGAAGAAGCUUGCAGAGCCUCUACUGCCCUGUCUCCAGGAUCCAAGCCCAGCGCUUGGGUGUCUUGCCCAGGGGAAGAAGAGAAUCAAGCCACGGAGGACGACGGAAGAACAGAAAAAAGUCAAGGAGCCAGGAAGACCCCCGUGUCACCCCCAUCUUCAGGCUCUAACCCCACGGCCUGGGAGUAUCAUUCAGGAGAGACAUCCGAGGAGAAGGAAAAGGCACACGAAGGAGCUGGGAAAGGAAAAGCUGCCCCAGGGCCACACUCCUCAGCCCCAGCUCAGAGGCCCCAGCUCAGGGCUUGGCCGUGCCAACCCACUGAUGAAGAGGAAGGUGAGGUUAAGGCUUUGGGGGCAGCUGAGAAGGAUGGAGGAGCUGAUCCUCCCUGCAUCCCUGCCACAAGUGCCUUCCCGAAGGCCUGGGUAUAUCAGCCAGGAGAGGACACAGAGGAAGAGGAAGAGAAGGCGGAAGAUGAGGACAGUGAUACGGGAUCAGCUGAGGACAGGGGAGAAGCUGAGACUUCCGCUUCCACAUCCCCUUCAAGUGCUUUCUUGAAGGUCUGGGUGUAUGGGCCAGGAGAGGACACAGAGGAAGAGGAAGGUGAGGAAGAAGAUAAGGACAGUGACUCUGGAUCAGAUGAAGAGGGAGGAGCUGAGGGUUCCUCUUCCACUCCUGCUACAGGUACCUUCUUGAAGUCCUGGGUGUUUCAGCCAGAAGAGGACACAGAGGAGGAAGAUGAGGACAGUGAUACGGGAUCAGCUGAGGACGAGGGAGAAGCUGAGAAUUCCGCUUCCACACCCCCUGCAAGUGCCUUCCUGAAGUCCUGGGUGUAUCAGCCAGGAGAGGACACAGAAGAGGAAGAUGAGGAUGAGGGAGAAGCUGAGAAUUCCGCUUCCACACCCCCUGCAAGUGCCUUCCUGAAGUCCUGGGUGUAUCAGCCAGGAGAGGACACAGAAGAGGAAGAUGAGGAUGAGGGAGAAGCUGAGAAUUCUGCUUCCACACCCCCUGCAAGUGCCUUCCUGAAGUCCUGGGUGUAUCGGCCAGGAGAGGACACAGAGGAGGAAGAUGAGGAUGAGGGAGAAGCUGAGACUUCCGCUUCCACACCCCCUGCAAGUGCCUUCCUGAAGUCCUGGGUGUAUCGGCCAGGAGAGAACACAGAGGAGGAAGAUGAGGAUGAGGACAGUGAGGAUAAGGAAGAUGAUUCAGAAGCAGCUGUGGGAGAAACUGAGUCAAACCCACAUCCAUCCCACCCAGCCCAGAGUGCCCGCUUCAGAGACUGGGUAUAUCAACCUGGGAAGGAGACAGAGGAAGAGGAAGCUACUGAGUACUGGGGAGAAGCUGAGCCCUGCCCCUUCCGAGUGGCCAUCUAUGUACCCGGAGAGAAGUCACCGCCUCCCUGGGCUCUUCCUGGGCUACCCCACCGACUGCAGAGGCGGCUCAAGCACCCAGAAUCACCGACCCGAGAUCCGGACCCUGAGACUCCCUUAAAGGCCAGAAAGGUACGCUUCUCUGAGAAGGUCACCGUCCAUCUGCUGGCUGUCUGGGCAGGGCCUGCCCACGCCGCCCGCCGGGGCCCCUGGGAACAGCUUGCCCGGGAUCGCAGCCGCUUUGCACGCCGCAUUGCCCAGGCCCAGGAGUUGCUGAGCCCCUGCCUCACCCCUGCUGCCCGGGCCAGAGCCUGGGCACGCCUCAGGAACCCACCUUUAGCCCCCAUCCCUGCCCUCACCGAGACCUUGCCUUCCUCCUCGGUCCCUUCAUCCCCAGUUCAGGCCACGCCCUUGAGCCAAGCUGUGGCCACACCCUCCCCCUCCUGUCUAGCUCCCCUGGACCUCAGUGGGAGGCGUGGCUAAGACCAACUGGUUUGCCUAUAAUUUAACUAUUUAUUUUUUCUAAGUGUGGGUUUAUAUAAGGAAUAAAGCCUUUUGAUUUGUA